AUGGAAAGCUUCAGACCUCGGUUCCAGAAGUCAUUCUCUGAAAUUGAUGAAGAAAUUGCACCUAAUUUUAUCAAAAUCCAAACAAAGCAGUCCAAGAGUCGAUUGAAUUUGCCCAGAGAGAAGUCUAAUUCGUCUAAGAGAUCAGCUGCUCUGAACUCUCUUAACAUUAUUCAAAAGAUAAGAAGUAACUGAGAUUUGAAGUCUUUGAGGGACAAGAAAAAUCCUGGUAAUGAACUUCAGCUACCGAUUAUCUCUAAAAACCGCCCUGAUUUUAAAAGAAGGGAUAACAAAAUAGCUGAUAAAUAACAGUUUCGUAAUAAAUAAAGAAUUUAUUCAACAGAUAAGGAAUGCGAAUAUGAAUAAAAUCUUUCCUAAUGGAUUUUCAAGUUGUUCUUCAGAUUCUUUGGUUAGCAAGGAGGAGCAGACUAUUGAAUCAAGACACUCCUUAAAGCGCGAUCAAUCUAAACAUGAGCCUGAGAAGUUAGAUCCAACUAUAGAGACACUAAAAGACGGAUUUGAUUCAUUCAAUUCUCGGAGAGAAAGCACAUUACUAAAUAGUCCUCAUCAACCUCGACCCAACGAUUUCAAUUUCAUUGUUCCAACAGAUCCUUGGGAGAAGAGGAGAAGCAUUAUGCAUAAUUUAUCUGAAAAGAGACACAAGAAAGAAUCCUCAAUCAUCGAGGAAAGUUCCUAUAAUCAGAGUGUCUUAUCAGAGAUGAAAAAGUCACCUAGAACACGGAUCAGAGAUGCAACCAAACUAAGCAUGUUUAAUACCAAAAAGUUGAUAGAAUCCCCUCUAUUUAAUAACAAAAGUACCCAGAACCGCUUGUGAAAGCGCAAAAUGAGUUUUUGGUACAAACUUGAUAGCAUUAGGAGGAAACCUCAGAUAGAGAUCUCUAUGAGCGGAAUAUUUAAGAAGAAAAAGGAUGAGGUGAACUUAAAUAUCAGCUCUUGCAAACUAAAUACUUCAGAACGGCCUAAGAUUGAACCUAAAAUUUUGCACACUUGUCAAGCAAAGAAAUCCACCCUAAAACCUUCAAAAAUUAAGAGACCUGGAAAGCUGGUUUAUACUAUCAAAGCAAAUUCAGAGCAGAAUUAUCAUAAAAUAAGCACUAGGCUUCAUUAUAAGCGAAAAAUUAAUUUUGAAUUAAAACCAUUACUCAUAAUCUAUUAUGACGGAAUUCUCGGAUUCACUAGAAAACAGAGAUUAUAUGUCCGCCCAAAAGUUGACAAGUUUCUCUCUAAAAUGAGCAAGAACUUCCAAAUAGUUAUUGUAAAGUGAGGAUCUAUCUCUGACUCAAAUGUUAUACUGGAUACUGUAUUGAAGAAGCAUCCAAUUGAUGCGUUUUACUGACUUAACCCUAAUACCUCUGAUACAACAUUUGUAUUCUUUGAUCAAAUCUACAAAGACUUUAAAAUUCCUGCUAAAGCUGUAGACUCUCGGGUUCAUUGACUAACAUCCCUCAACGUGGACGAUGCAGAGUACUCAUCAAACAUGACUGAGGAAGUACUAUUCAACCAGCCAUUCCAAAAACACAAAAUCACCACACAACUAAACAUCAGCUGCGUACCUCUACCAUCAAAAACCUACUCUCUUCUCCCAAAAUGCCACCUUCUUAAAUAACUUCCAAUCCGACACUACCCCCAAACCUCUAAACCUCAGCCUCCCCACUCAUCCCUCACCUUCAAAAUCCCCCCUGCACAGCUCCUUCUGCACUACACUAAUCUACAGUCACUUGCUCUCCCUCAGGCACAUCAGGCAGUCGCUCGCUCCUCAACCUGCACAACUACACACCCUCCCCUCCAAACCCACCGAUCACGACCAAUUUCCCUGCAAAUAAAUCCUCAGAUUUCUACAAGAAACUUCUAAAAGCCAACAGUAAAAUCAAAGCCUCCAUCAGUUCGUACCAGUCCUAUGUGAAAACGAAGAAACCAAGAAAAGUUAAGAAGGAAUUAUGGGAAGAAUAUGUAGAUCUUAGGAAGGAAUUCAGACAUUUUAUUAGUUAAUAAAUUCCUUUCUCAA